CAACCGCUUUCGGACGCCAUGUAGGCCGCUGCCUGCCGCUUCCCCCACCUCAAGCUCCCGUGCUUCUCCUGCGCUCUCAACGUAUCUCACCGCCAGCCCACCUGGUCACUUCAGUCGUCUACCGGAGCCGCAGCCAUGGCCAGUAGAACCUCCAGCAAACCACUUCCCGUCGGCGGGCUCUACUGUCCGUGGACUUGGGGGAUGUGUGUCCCAGAGAACCGAAUGACAGAAUCCAUGACGCUGGACCGGCUGGACGGAGCCCCAACACCUUGGCACGCCCUCGUGGACGUGAUCUCGCUGGCCUACAGCUUCUACAGCCACAGUCGGCACGACGACGGCCGCCGCAUGCUCGUCCGAGCCUACAUGUAUCUGCUGCCGCAUGGAGUCUUCCCGCCUGCCGCCUACCCAACUGUGUACGAGUACAGAGAGGGGCUGCGUCACAUCCUGGACUCGUCGUGGGCCCUAGCAUCAGAAGAAUACGACUACAAGCGCCCCAGCCCGCUUCUGCGCUCAUUUGUGGAGAGCAUCACGCCCUUCACAUCUCUGGAUGCCAAGCAGCGCGCUGCCUUGAUUGCGAUCCAGGCCCGUGUGAACACGAUACCUGGUUCGAAUUUUCCCGAAAGUGGUGGCUUUUCUUUGGGGAACCAGGGAGGCGGCGAAAGCCUGCUCCGGACGUGUAUCGACCUCAGUCCUAUGGAGGGAGAGUGGCGCUUUCGAUUGGCGGAGUACAUGGACGGCAACAUCUUUUGUUCAGCUGAACCCUCAGAGAAGCUGCAACUUUUGCGAGAUGCUUACAGACUUAGGAAGACACCUGAUUGUACGCUGCUUCUGGCGAGGACACUGCUAAGCAACACAAAGCACGUCUCAUCGGCGCUUGAGGCCCGUUCCCUCCUCGACGAGGCCUUGUCUCUCUGGCCUGACAACCCUUACGUGCUCGUCGAAGGAGCAGAUAUCAUUAUGCUCUUAGAUGCAGGUAAGUCCAUCAAGGCUUGCACUGAGGCGCUGCGCAUGACUGAACGCGCCGUCCAGUUGGUCGGUGACCGCGCCUACCUCCGCCUGAAGCUUGCCCACAUCUGCAGCCAGCUGGGCAGGAGUAGGGAAGCUGGGGCACAUCUCGCCAUGGCUCGCCGGAUCAAUCCUACAGGCGCACCGCUCUUCAUGGAGUACUAGUCGCAAGGUUCCUGCUGCAGUGGAUUCGGGAUUAUCCUUUCUCGUCGUCAUCCUUAACAUCUUGUUCACUACUUUUCAUUUCACUAUUAAUGCAAUACAGGCGUAAAUUUGAGUGAUUUUUAAAACAAUGUCAUUGUACGCUUUCCUCUAUUGUCCUAUAUUGUUUUAUUAACAGACAUAAAAUUGCUUUAUUGUUUAUAA